AUGAUUCGAGCGGGAGACUCAACGAUCCAUCUGCAAAAAGUUAAGCCAAUGCAGCUGGCAGAGAUCAGAUCCCACCUGCAGAAAAGACCAGCGGGAAAGAUCUCUAUCGGGCUGUCUCCAGAAGCAAGAGAAGCAAUGCAACAAGCGGCUGAAGAAUCCAAAAUCCAAGACACUGGGAAACCAGAGAAGAGAGGCUCGAAAGGCAACGUUCUAUUUAAAGACACUGUCCAAGUUCGGCAGCAAGUUGCCGGUGCGUCCAGUGACGCUCGACGAGGGAGUUGUUCCGACAUCUUUGAAGACGCCCAGCUGGAUUCCACCUAUACCAGCCAUCUUGGGGCCUUGCUGGAUACUACUUACGAAGACGACGAUGAACUGUCUUCACCGAGAAAGUCCCAAGGUCGCAGACGAAGUUCAGUGUACAGAUGGAUACAGAAAAGAGAGUCGUUGGCGGGAAAUGCCGAAUCUGUUGACGAGGUUGAUGAAGUCUCAAUUGCCAAUCAGAUGGUCAACAGUUCUUGA